CAAUCAGUGUCUUUCGAGACUUGAAUAUACGGGUGACAUAUUGUAUAUAUUUCUUCUCUUCUUAUGAAAAGAGUAGAAAAAUAACUAAGAUUAAAAUAUAGUUUGCUUUAUUUAAGUUCUAAAUAUUUCAAAGUACUUUUCUAGUGUUGUGAAAAACGGUUUCCUCAUUUUAAUAUCAACUUCACAUUUUCUUUUCAAGUUUUUCUGUGGGGGUAAUAUUUUAAUCUAAAUGCGUCUUAUAAAGUUACUUUUGACGUUUCUCCCUCUAGUGUUUAGUGCAAGUGGAAAUGAGUUGACGGCACGCAACUACCAUGGGAGAGUGGGAAUACCGAAAGCCGAAGAGCUGAGGAAGGCUGAGCUUCUGAGCGCCUCCAGGAUAGUAGGUGGUACAGAGGUCCCAGAGGACACACCUAUAGCUCAUCAGGCCGGAAUCAUAAUAAUCCUGACUACUGGUUGGACGUCUGUUUGCGGCGGGGCUCUGGUCUCAGAGUCCAAAGUCCUCACGGCAGCCCACUGUUGGGACGAUGGUACUAAUCAGGCGAGACUGUUCACCGUCGUCCUAGGGUCCACAAGGCUGUUCACAGAUGGUCUAAGGCUGGUCACCACCAAGGUCGACACCCACCCAUCUUGGAACACAGCUGAUUGGAUCUAUGACAUUGCUAUGGUUACCAUUCCUACUAUUGAAUUCACUAAUAACAUCCAGCCGAUCCCCCUGCCAACAAUGGAGGACGCGAAUCGGGACUUUUCCGGGUUGGCCGCAGUCGUGUCCGGGUACGGAAAAACAAGCAAUGCCCAAAAUAGCAUUCCAAUCACGACAUCUCUCUACCGAACCACGGUGACUGUCAUCCCCGAUAGUGACUGCCAAGUGGAUGACUUCUCGACCCACGCUGGUCAGCUGUGCACCAGUGGAGAAGGAGUGGUGGGCACUUGCGACGGUGACGGAGGAAGUCCACUUACCGUUGUGGUGGAUAACUCAGAGAUAUUGAUUGGUCUAGUGUCAUUCAGUCUUGGUCAAGGCUGUGAGACCGGUCUACCGUCAGUAUACAGCAGAGUACCAGCGUUCCUGGGAUGGAUAGAGGCUAACCUGUAAAAAGGGGGCUAGCAAAAUUGAAAAUGUUUCUAAUAGCUAACGCUAACCCAUAGUUCAUAGAAACAAGGGCGAUAUGCCAUCAGCACUAAAAUACACGAGUUCGCCGAUCUUGAGAGUUCUCGCCUAAUUUUAAUUUUUCGGGAUCAAUCCCGUAGCAUAAUAUUAUGACGAGACCCCAUUCGAGAUUUACGGGAUUGGGCGAAUCUCCCUGAGUUAUACUUUUUGUUUUGAUUAUGCUGAUUUCAAAAGAAAACUUAAUUAUUUAGUCGGUAAUAUUGAAGAAUAAAGGUUUACGUUUUCUUUCAAAAAAUAUUUUGUUUUAAUCAACCCUAAGUACUAUCACAAGCAGUUUUCAUCGUUUUCAGCAAUCCUAACUUUUCAUUUUUUUAUAAACUACAUGAGAUCUGAAAAUUUUCGGGAUUGUUAUUUCCAAUCUCGCGGGAUCUCGAAUUUGCGAUUUCGAGUCGGGAUUGCAUUCACUAGUGUUAACAGAAAUUGGAAUCAUUUAUUCAACGUUAUUAUCAUGGAUAAACUUGUUAAAGGUCAAUGCUGAGGAGAAGAAAUGACAAGAAACUGGAACAGCAACACAUCUUUUAAAUCCAUGAAGGGAAAGUUGUGUAAAAAGAGCUUUAUUAUCUAGCCUUUAGGCAGAUUGAGUAUAAAAGUCGAAGUUCAAAUGUACGUGGCAGCACUGUUGAUUGUUCCUAAAUUUUGACAGUUCUCCAUACUCUCCAGUUAAAAUUCGUGAUAAAUUGCUAUACAUUGUGGAGCUAAUAAAGUCUGAAGGAAGAGUUACGAAAAAAAGCAGUCGGAAAAGGCAGUUUUGAUUGAAAAUAAGUUUUUCUAAGUUUUUAUUCCGAUCUUUAGAUUUGAUUUUGCAGUUAAACGUUUCGCAAAGAGUUAUAGUUCUUCUUAUCUUGUGGGUUGUGAGGUGGAAUACCAGCCUCAUCAACCCUGGUGUCAGAGUUAUGAUUGAGCCUCCAAAGGCCCCUGACAUGGCUUAUGUAACGAUUACUCACUAACAUUCGUAAGUAGUAAACGGGACCAACGGCUUAACGUGCCUUUCAAUGAACAAUCAGGUGAUCAGCCUGUAAUGUCCUAACCAAACUAGAUAUCACAAAGUGAUUUUUGUGAUAUCUCCCCACCGGGAUUCGAACCCGGGGCUUCCGGAUCAUAGAGGCCGUUAAAGUGUUAUAGUGCAAAAAUAUAAUCAAACUAAUAUUUUGAUGAUGAAUAUUAUUAAUUACUCAAAUUGUCUUGUCCACUGCCACUUCAGCUUGGCAAUUAUCCGAGCUUUGUCGGUGACUUUAGUUCUCCUGCGGAUCUCCUCAUGUGACAGUGGGAAGGACACAUAGCGAGGAGAUCCGAUGGCCGCUGGGGCGAAAAGUUUCUCGAAUGGCGACCACGUGUCGGACGACGCUCAGUGGGUAGGCCCGCUACAAGGUGGACCGACGAUCUGGUGAAGGUCGCGGGAAGCCGCUGGAUGUGGGCAGCGCAGGACCGAUCGUCGUGGAGAUCCUUGGGGGAGGCCUAUGCCCAGCAGUGGGCGUCGUACGGUGAUAAUGAUGAUGAUGACACAAAUUGUAUGGGCAACUGUCAAAAUUUAAGAACACUCAACAGUAGCGACACCUCAUGGGAGAAAUAGGCAGUUUAUAUCCUCAUUUGAAAAAAACAAAACACAGUGUCCAUUCUAUUAAACAGUUUUUACAACAGAAACAUACGCGGCACAUCACUAGAUUUGUUCAAUUGGGUCGUGUACUAGGUUCAAGAUAAAUUAUGAAAUUAUGAUUACUAAAUAAAGACACAUCUAAAACUAACGAAAAACACAAUUUUUUCUAUUUAACUUAUUUAUGAAUUUUAAUCAAGUAAAACGUAAUAAUAAGUCCGACAGCUUGUCACAUUUUUCUAUGACCCUACAGUGUGCUUUUCCAUACAAAUUCCAUAGUAAUUUCGUGUUUUGAUGUUUAGUAAAAAGUAACUGAUUUGACUAGUUGGAAACUAGCCUAUUAAUACCGUUCGCGCUUUUCUGCUAAUGUGAUAAAUUAUGAUAGAGAGCAUAUUCCACAGAUAAUUUUGAUCUGUGGACAUCAAUGAAGCCCGUAUUACAGACUCAUUGUCAAUUUUGCGAAACGUUGAUUGACAAGUGGAAAGAUAAUUAAAUGUUGCUAUUGCGGGUUUAACGCCGCGGCAGACCCAGCAGGUAGCCCAGAAUGAUGCAUGCGCAAAAUGAUAAAAUUAUCGAUCGAUUCAAUAAAUAUCGAAAUCGAUAAAUGAAGUGUGCAAAUCUUCAGGACCCCUCCAACCUAGGUAAGGAAUGCAAUCCCGGCUGGAGGUCGCAAAUUCGAGAUCUCGCGGGAUUGGAAUCCCGAACGUUUCGGGAAUUCGUUUAGUUCAUAAAAAAAGUUGGGAUGGCUGAAAACUAUGAAAACUGCUUGUGAUUAAAUAUUUUUUGAAAGAAAACAAAUAUGUAUAUUUUUCAAUGUUACUAACUAAAUAAUUAAAUUUUCUUUGGAAAUCAGCAUAAUCAAAACAUAAAGUAUAAUUCAAGGAAAUUCGCCCAAUCCCGUCAAUCUCGAAAGGGAUCUCGUCAUAUUAUGCUUCGGGAAUGAUCUCAAAAAAUUAGACGACAUCUCGCGAGAUCGGUGAGAUCUACGUGCUCAGCGGUGAAGGAAAACAUCGUGAGGAAUCCACAUUCCCGAAAAAUGCAUUUUCGGAGGUAUGUGACCUCACCUGUAUUGGGCUGGUUCUCUUCGCGGUUUGGAAGGUCAGACAGGGAGUCGCUUCUGUAAAAAACCGGACCUGUCAAAUCUUCAGGUUAGGUAAACGGACCCUGUGAACGGGAUAAUGCUGAGUAUUCCCAUGCUGCACUUUGCCGCUACAUUAUAUUAAAUAUCUCCUAUACUUAAAGGUUGCCUGGAAGAGAUUGCUACAUAGGAAAAAGGCCGCCUAUUGUACUCAUUC